AUGUCUUUGGCUGACUUUAGAGAUAUAAUUCGAGUGAAAAUUGAAGAAGAUACUGCUGAAAAUAGACAGGCUUUUGCCUUUGAUUUUCUGCACUUAUGCAUUUUUCUAACACUAUUUCUUCUAUCUUUCUUUCAUCUUUCUUUGGGUUCUUCUCGUAAAAGUGUAUCUGGCUUCACUCUCGAUCUUAUCCACCACGGUUCUCUUCUUUCACCUUUUCACAACCCAUCAAACACUCUAUCUGAACGCCUUCAAAAUGCCUUCGACCGGUCUUUCUCCCGGGCUUCUUUCUUGAAGGAAAAAAGUGAUAAUUCAAUCCAAACGACUGUUAUUCCAAAGAGAGGUGAAUUCCUCAUGAAAAUCUCAAUUGGAACUCCCCCUGUAGACACUCUUGUCAUUGUUGACACUGGCAGUGACUUGACAUGGACACAAUGUGAGCCUUGUGUUGAUUGCUUCAAACAAUUGAUACCGAUUUUCAAUCCCAAAAAUAGCUCUUCUUAUAAAACUAUUGGUUGUGAAAAUAAAAUUUGUGAUCGAGAAGAAGGAUUUCUCACAUGUAAUGAUAAGAAUAAUACAUGUAUUUAUGAAGUUUAUAAGGACCAAUCCCACACUAUUGAAACUUUCAGAUUUGCUUCUACUUCUGGUAAAAAUGUUUCAAUUCCAGACAUUGCCUUUGGUUGUGGACGUUCCAAUGGUGGCAUGUUCAUUAAUGCCACGUCUGGCUUCAUUGGCUUAGGUCGUGGCAAUCUCUCAAUUGUCAACCAAAUGCAUCAAGAAAUCAAAGGGAAAUUCUCUUAUUGUUUGAUCCCAUUUGAAAUAUCGUCAACUAAUCCCAAUGCAACUAGUCACAUCAACUUUGGUGACAAUGCAGUUGUAUCUAGUCCUGGUGUCGUUUCAACUCCCUUGUUUACAAAGGUAGAGUCUACGUUGUAUAGACUAAAUUUGACAGCUAUUAGCCUCGGGAACAAGAGGGUAGAAUACAUAUUUUCUGAAAGUAGUGGUAAUCAUCAAGGUAACACUAUAAUAGAUUCUGGCACGGCGUUAACAUUUAUACCUGACUUCUUUUAUGCCAGUUUGGAAAUAUUGUUGAUUCAUUCGAUCAAUGCUACUAGAAAGGACGAUCCAUCAGGGGCUUUUAAUUUGUGUUACGAGCCUAAGGAGAAUGGCACUAUCGAUGUUCCAAAGAUUGUUGCUCAUUUUACAAAUGCGGAUUUAGAGUUAUCACCUACCAGCGUUUUUGCAAAAGUGGCGGAUGAUUUAGUUUGUUUGACAAUAAUGGCAUCAAAUGACGAAAAUUCUAUCUUUGGAAAUUUGUUACAAUCCAGUUUCCUAAUUGGAUUUGAUCUUGUGGCCAACACAGUGUCCUUUAAGCCUACAGAUUGCACUUAUAAGCACUAA